AUGGAGGAACCCAAAAAUAAGAAACAAAAGAUAAUAGGUGAAGCUAGAAAAACGAAAGGUGGAAUAUCAUAUAGAUGUGAGCAUAUUAUACCUGAAAAGAAUAGAAGAUGUAAUAUGCAAAGAAAAGCAACUAAUAAAUUCUGCUCAGAACAUCAAAUUUUAGAAACUGAAAAACGAAUACCUUGUCCAUUAGAUCCAAAACAUACAAUAUGGGAAAAAGAUUUGAAAAGUCAUAUGAAAAAAUGUAAUUGGAAACCAAAAGAGGAACAUGAUCCAUGGUUUGAAUUAGAUAAGAAUUGUACUUUACAAAAUAGUGAGGAUUUUAAUUUAGAGAAUGAAGAAACUGAUGAAGAAGUUGAACUACUCAUAAAAUACAUACCAAUAUUACAAGGUAUUAAAUUUGAGCCACUACCGAUUAAGCAAUUGCAGCAUGAUGGAAUGAGCACAAAAUUUGAUGUGAAAUUAAUGCAAAAACAUAUUACCCAACAAUCGUCACUAAUUGAAAAUCUUAAGUCAUUGGAUCUUCUCAAUGCAAAUACAUUUUAUAUGGAGUUUGGAUGUGGAAGGGCUGAACUAUCGAAGUUUGUUCAGCAAUGUAUAGUCUAUGAUCAACCAAAAGACUCAAAGGGAUAUGGUUACGGUUUGAUUGAUCGAGGUGUCAAUCGAUAUAAAUGUGAUAAUCACCUUUUAAAAGAAACAGAUUUAGAGCCGAUUGUUAAAAGAAGUAGAAUGGAUAUAAAGGAUUUAAACUUGGACAAAUUUAUAGAUGAUAAAAGUGUUAAUCAUGUAGUCACUAUUUCAAAACAUUUAUGUGGUGCAGCUACAGAUUUAACGUUAAAACUGAUUUUCAAUUCAAAUGAAACUAAUAGUAAAUUUGAUGGUAUGAUUGUUGCAAUGUGUUGUCGUCAUCUAUGUCAAUUAGAUCAGUUAUUACCCCAAUCUAGAAAAUAUUUACAUGAUCAAGGCUUCAAAACAAUCCAGUCCUUUAAUGUACUAAAGAAAAUGGUUUCAUGGGCUGUCGAUUCUUCAAGGAAGGAAAAUGAUGAGCAUAUUUCAGGUUUGAAUAAGGAUGAACGUAAAGAUCUUGGUUUAAAAGCUAGAAGAUUAAUUGAUGAAAGUAGAGUUUUUGCAAUCCAACAAAUUCUAUCGAAUUCAUAUCAAGUAGAUUUAUUUCAUUACGUUGAUACAUCAAUUACAUUAGAAAACAAUUGUUUGUCAAUUAAAAGAUUAAGUUAA